UCGGCCAUGUUGUUUAUAAGGCAUUUAAAUAUUUAAAGCUCUGCCUUGCAGUGGGGGUAUUGUUAAUGAGCUAUCCUAAUAGUUUUCAUGGAGAAUUUAUCACUCAACUCAUUUACGAAAAGGCCUUAUUGGAGUACGCAACUUGAAAUUCUGUGAUCCAGACUGUGUGUUUUUAUCUGAAACUAGUGUGCAGUGAAAACAAAAAAUCAUGUUUUGAUAAGCUAGCUUCAAGCCCUGUGUAUCUAGAUUAUUUGUAGUUGUUUGGACGGCAUGUACUUUGAUUGACGUUUAUUUAUUAUAAUUUAUUAACAUGAUUUCUACAUAAAGUGCAAUCUACAUCUUUAUACUAAGCUUUACAAUAUUCGACAUUGAGAAGAAUAGGAUUUAUUAACAAGAAUCAUGUCUUUGGAAGUUAGUGACAAAAUUUUACGCCAAACAAAACUGCGUGCAGCGCGGAACCUUUUCGAUACAGUUCGUGAGCCCCCUUCGGGCAACUAUGAUCGGUUUAUACCAUGUAGGACUAACAACAACUGGGAGACUUGUUUUGCCACUAUGCCCGAUCCGAAUAAGACCGCUCAAAGUGGUAAAAAGACUAACAGAGAGAACGGUGAGAACUCUAGAGACUCUUCGGUGUACAAUAUAUUGUUACGAAACGAGAUUCUUGGUGAGAAGAUAGAAGACGUUAAAAGCCAGUGUGAUGAUAGGCAAGCUCUUACGCCUAUAAAGAGUAGAAACUUAUUUCAAUAUGGGACACCGACAAAGAAAAACAUAUACCAAAAUGACCGAACGCCAAUGAAAUGUCAAGCUAGUCCGUAUUCCCUAUCGCCUUUAAGUACGAGCAGUCAAAGGUUACUAAGGUCGCCGCAUAAAGCUACUAGGAAAAUUUCAAGGAUACCUUUUAAAGUUUUGGAUGCCCCCGAGCUGCAAGACGACUUCUAUUUAAAUCUAGUCGACUGGUCAGUCCAAAACGUCUUAAGUGUGGGUUUGGGCAGCUGUGUAUACUUAUGGAGUGCCUGUACUAGUCAAGUAACGAGGUUGUGUGAUCUGUCAAGUGAUAGUAAUGUAGUCACCUCUGUCUCUUGGAGUGAACGGGGGAACCUAGUCGCAGUAGGAUCACACAAUGGUUCUGUUACAGUUUGGGAUGUGACGGUUAACAAACAAGUCAACAAAUUGAUGGGCCAUUCUGCAAGAGUGGGCGCCCUGGCCUGGAAUGGGGAUGUUUUAAGUUCGGGUAGUAGGGAUAGAAUGAUAUUACAAAGGGAUACUCGAACUCCGCCCAACGUAACAGAACGUCGACUGAUAGGACAUAGACAAGAAGUUUGUGGACUCAAAUGGUCACCAGACAACCAAUAUUUAGCAUCAGGUGGAAACGACAAUAGACUGUACGUGUGGAACAUGCAAUCCCCCACUCCUGUUCAAACCUACACCGAUCAUCUGGCGGCUGUCAAAGCGAUAGCUUGGUCGCCUCAUCACCAUGGGCUGUUGGCUUCAGGCGGUGGAACAGCUGACAGGUGUAUAAGGUUCUGGAACACGUUGACUGGACAACCGAUGCAGUGCGUCGAUACAGGUUCGCAAGUUUGCAAUUUGGCCUGGUCCAAACACAGUUCGGAGCUGGUCUCCACCCACGGCUACUCCCAGAACCAGAUCCUCGUGUGGAAGUACCCCAGCCUGACCCAGGUGGCCAAACUCACCGGCCACUCCUACAGAGUCCUGUAUCUCGCGCUCAGCCCCGAUGGAGAGGCGAUAGUCACCGGCGCCGGCGACGAAACGUUGCGAUUCUGGAACGUUUUCAGCAAGGCGCGCAGCCAAAAGGAAACUAGGAGCGUAUUGAGUCUGUAUACUGGGAUUCGUUAGGUUUAUAUAUAGAAGUGUAAGAAAAUUUAAUUAUUCUGAUUGGAUGGAACAUAUAGAGAGGUAUAUGUUUGAUGUGACGGUAAAGUCAGUGAUAUAUGCCCUUGUAUCAAUAAAACUAUGCGUUUUGUAGUUUUUUAGGUUAUGGUUGAAGUGUGACACUUGAAUUUCAUAUAAAGGCUGUUUAACAGUUGGCAAUUUUACUUGUUUGCAGGGUUGGGUAGGUAGAAAAUUUAUAUAUUCUACAGUAUUUUCUACACGUAGAAUAUUAAUAAACUUAUCUACAUUUUCUACAUGUCCAUUUGUAGAAAAUUAAUUUUGUACAUUAGAAGCCAUUUUUUACGUUUAUAUUUGUUUUAAAUAUUUUAACACAAUGAUUAGUACGAGAAAUAAAUUAAUAACAAUAACUCUGAUUGUUAUUUAUUGUUUAACAAAUGGAUAAUAAUAUGUCAUAAAACAUUAACUAUAUUUUCCGAUUAUUUGAAAUAGACAUGUGACUUAUUUGUGAUUCAAUAAUAUCGAUAGAUUGAACAAAAACUAAUUCUCAAUAGUAAAACCCAAACGGUACAAGAAAAAAAUAUAUUAACACCUAACAUAAUGAUAAAAAUAAGAACUAAGAACUACAAUAAUUAUUAUUAUUGAAAUUAAAAUUGAAAAAAAUAACCAAAACUUGUACUGUAAAAUCAGACUUUUUUCUACUGUCUUCAGAUUAAAUAGAAUAAAAUAAUUUAGUCUUCAGAUUGAUUACUGUCUCUUAUCUUCAGUAGUUAGUACCGUCACAGAGACAACGCAUUACAGUUUUAGCACAUAUAGAAUUUAAAGAAAAUAUACCCAGGAGGAAACUUGUAAAGGGAAAAAACAGCUUUAAAUAUACAAAAUUAAUUUUGAACAUGUAGAUACUCGGUUUUUAUUAAUUUUCUACUUAAUAUUCUACAUUUUCUACGCAUUUUUCGUUACCCAACCCUGCUUGCUUGCAAGAGAGGUUGCAGUUCGCUUUACAGUCGUCAUAUAUUUCUGGAAUUUUUGUAUUCUCAAAGUGAUACCAAAAUAUGAAAAAAAAAUUUGAUAUUUUAAAAUCGAACUUAACUAACAUAUCUUGUGUUUUUUUGUCAGUAUUGUGAUUAGUAACGUUAGUAUACUCGUAUUCAUUACAUGCUACAGGAUAGUGAAACCUGAUAAAGCAAUAAUAUUUAGAAAUAUUUCCUAAAUUAUUACGUUGGUUACUAUACAACUUGCAAUAAAAAUUGAGCAAGACGAUUUUCUGCAAGUCCUUGCUUGUUGCAUACGAAUUGCCAAAAAUUGCUGUUUUUGAACUGCGCAUGUCUUCCUUCAAGAAAAUUGCGAAUUGGAGAAACUCUUGCCAACUGUAAAACAACCUUAGGAAAAAAAUUGACGUUUCAGUUUGAACUAGAUGAGAGUGUCAUUUUCAGGCUUAAUUACAAUCCUUUGCAGCCAUGUUUUAUUGGUACACCAUAUAUUGAUUGACUUAAGAAAAGAUAUUUUUUGAUAUAAGGUAAAAAAUACCUUUAUUAAUGAAGAUAGGAAGUUUUUUUUUUGUAAUAACUGCAUGUUCAAUCAUUGGAAGGGUUGUAAAGAAACUCUUUUUUGGAAAAUAUUUUUGAAAAUGCACACAUAAUUGUAGUUGUUUCUUUCGAUUCAGAUAAAUUGACUUAAAUAAUAAAAGAAAUCUUAAAUGAAGCAAAUGAAACAGGAUUUAAAGACUAAGAUUUUUUUAAACCAGAUCAAUAAUUUUAUCUUAAUCAUUUGCAAAAUUUUGCGGAUAUAAAUUUAAAAAAUCUACUUACAGUACCUGAAUAAAGUCUGUUUAAUGAUUCUGAGAAAAUUUUGAGAGGCGACAGGCAAAAAAAUGACAGGAAAUACAAUUUACCUGCCAUUAAAAUGUAACUGUAUGCAUCUCCUCGUUGGACAUACUAUAUAUUAUUUUUAUUUAUAAUUAUUUUACACUUGCUGUUAUAACAUACAAAAACACCAUAUUCAUUCAUUGACCUUCAAAAUAAAUUGUUUUUUCUUCCUGUGAAACUAUAUAGGGUGUGUAAAAAAAUGUGAAAUCUUUAAGGGGCGAUUUCUUGGUAAAAAUUAAAGGUAGUUAGCUACCUUAGUAUAGUCUGCCGAAUAAGAGGAUACAUGAUAGUAACAGUUGUGACUGUCAUUAUAAUGCAUAUAUAAAUUGUUUUUUCUCUUAUUUUUUGGAUGUCAUCUGUCGAAAUAUUCAGCUGGACAGACUUGAGUUAGAAAUUGUCUACCUAUUGGCUUUUGACUGCUAAAUUUGACAAUUUGAAUUGAUAGCAACUUAUGACUGAAUUUUUUAGGUUAAGUAGAACCCUGGUUUUUUGUGUAUUCUGAAAUAUUUUCCAAAAAAGUAAACAUGUUUUUUACAACUCUCUGGACUCCUUAUUCUAAUCAAAAAUUUAUAAUUUGUUAUAAUAAUAAAAUUGUGUUCUACAUUGCUUUACGGUAACAACUUACUUCAGUGCACAAAGUUGACAGUAAGUUAUAAACGUGCUCCAUAAGUGCAAUUAUAUCUUUUAUACAGGGUGAUUGACUAAUAAUAUUAUACUAAAGCUGGGGAAGUCCUAUAAAUUAUUUUUUUGAAGAAAAUUUAAGAGGACGAUUUAAACACCCUGUAUAAGAUUCCGGUGCCAUUUUUCCUAAUAGCCUGACAACAAACACAAAUAAGACUUGAAUAAAUAUAAUUUUUAGCCAUAGUCAAUAUAAUAUAAACUAUUUUCUUUAUUUAAAAAAUACAAUAUACUAGAAAUUUUAGUAGACUGACUCUUUAUUAUUAAUAAUAUACAGGGUGGUCAUUUAUGUAAAAAUACAUACUGAGAAUCAAUUCAAAUAUCUACUGUAUGAUGGAAAAAAUCGGCGUCAAGUUCGGUCACAUUUUAUGUGUAAAAGUUAAAAUAUGAAAUGUUAUUGAUCGUCAUUGCUAAGCUAACUUGAUGCCGUUUUUUUAUUGUAUGGAAUAUAGUAUAUUAUAUAAGUGGCCACGCCGUAUAUAUCAAUGAUAAAGCUUAAAUUGUUUGAUUUUCAGUUCAAAAACUUCUUUUUGAUUUUCAGUAUUAGAAAAAAAUAUUCAAAAUUUUAGUGUAUAUUUUUUUAAAUUAGGAAUUACGUCAUAGUGUUCAUAUUUAUAGGUUAAUAUUCGAUUUAACGCAAAUUAAAUUACUACAACCUGAUUAAAUUUAAUAAAUAGUUAUUAAAGUUUGUCAUACAGUUUAACCUUAUUAAUUAUAUCAUAUGAGUUCAACCAAAGCGUUAAUUAUAAUCCUACUAACAAUUAUCUACGUACAGGGUGUGUCAUGAUAACUCUUCUUUUUGUGCAAGGGUUAUGGUGAUACACCAUACUAUAGGGCUAUUUUCUAUAUGUAAUCUAAAAAAAGGAUGCUAGUCAGCUUGCUUCCAAGAAGCAAGAGUUAUUAUUGAAAAUUUAGGAAUUCAUGCCCUGGUCGACAUUUUUUUAAUAUAUAUUAUCAUAAUUUUGACUUGAUAUACAGAGUGUGGCAAAAAGUUCCCAUCAAAUGAGAUUUAUUUUCGAGUUGUUAAAGAAAAAAUUAUUCAGAAUUUCUUCAGCAUGUUCAGUAAUAAUAAAAAUAUAUAUUUUGACAUAUGUCAUGUGACAACUUAGCAUUUAUCGUUCAGAGAAAUUGUGAUUAUGUGAAAAAAUAUAGAAAAAAAUCAAAAAUCUGAACUAAACCAAAUCCUGAAAAACUUUUCUCGUUUUGACUCUUUUAAUUAUUUUGUCACCUAACCCUACUUUUUAUAUGUGUAUAAAGCAUUUUUGCAAUGCGUACCUAUGAUAGGUGUCGCUUAUGUCAAAAUAUAUUUUCUGUUAUUAGACGGGCGUGCUGAAGAAAUAUGACAAACUUUUCUUCAAGAACAAUUAUAAUAAAAAUCCAUUUAUUGCGAACUUUUUGACACACCCUGUAUAAAGUACCUACAGUGCUACUAUAAAAAUUAGUUAGAAUAAAAAUUGGAAGAUUCAGAGCUAAAAAAAUAUACAGUGGCCACCAAAAAGUUUGAAACAAUUUUUUUUAUCUAUUCCAAAUAUAUUUUUUUAUUGUAGCACUGUAAAAAUAAUAUAUGGGGGUGUUGCUAAAUAUAAUAUAGUAGUUUUUGUUAAAGAGUGAUCCAAGAAUAUUGGAAGGAUAAGUUUCAAAAUUUCCUUUAAAAAUAUAUUGUACAUAUAAUUUAGCUAUUAUGUUUCAUCAAAAACACUAUAUUUUUUAAACGAUACCCUGUAUAUUUUGUUACAUAAUGAUUUACAUACUGUAAUUAACUAAUAUAGCUACGUUUUGCACGUUUAUCUUUAUUUAUAUUAUACAUUUUUAUUUUGAUAUACUUCCAUGAAGUAAAU